UGACCAGGGGUAAUAAAUUUGGAUGUAGCUUUAUUUCAAGUAAAGAUAUUGGGUAUUUUACACCUUAGAAAUACAAAACAUCAUGUAGAAUUGGGGCAAUUUGCUGAUGUAUUUAAAGAAGUGAAACUAGGAGACUGGGCAUAUAAUCCUUCCUGAUAAGAUUGUUAAUGUGGACUGUGUGACAGGAGAAACUAAACUGCAGGAAAACAUCAGAUGGAGGGAGAAUCAGGCAGAUAAAGACAUUUCCUUUAGGAAACAAUGCUAUGACAUAUCUAGGUCCUAUUCUUUCUUACCAUUUCACUGAUAAAAAUGAAGUUACUUUACCUGAAUAUUAAAUGUAGCCACAAAUUUAUUUUUGCAGACACCCAAGAGUUGAUCCUUCCACAAAAAUGACAAAUCACACUGUGGUGACCGAAUUCAUCCUGCUGGGCAUCCCUCAGACAGAAGGCCUAGAAACUGCCCUUUUCUUCCUGUUCUCAUCAUUGUAUUCAUGCACCCUCCUGGGAAAUGUGCUCAUUCUUACUGCUAUCUUGUCUUCCUCUCGGCUUCACACUCCCAUGUACUUUUUCUUGGGAAACCUGUCCAUCUUUGACCUGGGUUUCUCUUCAACUACUGUCCCCAAAAUGUUGUCAUACCUUUCAGGACACAGUCAAGUCAUCUCUUUUCAUGGAUGUGUUAUUCAGCUCUUCUUCUACCAUUUCCUGGGCUGCACUGAGGCUUUCUUAUACACAGUGAUGGCCUAUGACCGCUUUGUUGCUAUAUGUUAUCCAUUGAGAUACAUGGUCAUCAUGAACCACAGGGUGUGCUUUGUCUUGGCCACAGGAACCUGGAUGAGUGGCUGUGUCCAUGCCAUUAUCCUAACCUCCCUCACCUUCAAAUUACCCUACUGUGGCUCCAACCAGGUGGGCUACUACUUCUGUGAUAUACCUGCAGUGUUGCCUCUAGCCUGUGAGGAUACCUCUGUAGCUCAGAGAGUGGGUUUUACAAACGUUGGUCUUGUGUCUGUGGCUUGCUUUUUUCUCAUUCUUGUUUCCUACUUUCGCAUUGCAAUCUCCAUAUUGAAAAUUCAUUCCACAGAGGGCAGGCAACGAGCAUUCUCCACCUGCAGCGCCCACCUGACUGCAAUCCUUUGUGUUUAUGGACCAAUUGUCAUCAUCUAUCUGCAGCCCAACCCCAGUCCCUUGCUUGGCGCUGUAAUUCAGAUUGUGAAUAAUCUUAUUACUCCCAUGUUGAACCCAUUGAUAUAUAGCCUGAGAAAUAAGGAUGUAAAAUCUGCCCUGAGUCAUGUAUUUCUCAAGAGGAACCUUGCUUUGGAAAGAAAGUGA